UUAGUAAAGAAAAGGGAACUCGUCAACCAACAGGCGCAGAGCAAACCAUGAUUUUCAAUUUUCGCGUAUGGCACUCAUCGCAUCCUACCGUUGUGUGUAACCACAUCGUGAACGACCAUUGGAAACCUGCCUUGAACAUCUUCCUCAACAACAGGCUUGAUCCUCACCAGCAUCACAUGAUGUGGACGCGGGCGAGAAAUCAGAAAUCGCCUUUCACUUUCGCACUUUCCCGCACAAGAAAAACGAAAAAAAAGAACGCGGACGACAGAGACCGACUCCCCGUGGCAGAAACGGAGGUGCUUGAAGAGAUGAUGUACGGACAUGUACGGAGUUGUAUACAUCUAUGUUGUAGGUACCCACAUACAGGAUCACUACAUACUGUACAUGAAUCUACCUUCUUCGCCAGGUUAACAAAAGCGUUUCCCUACUUGGGCGUUCAGAGUUUCAGACGCUCGAGCGAUGAACCUAAAUCACGAUUUCCCUUUUUGAAGAAAAAAAACCAGCAGUCACUUUCGAACGCCGUCAAAGUCGGAAGUUAAUCAUGUCCCAAGUAUUCAUCCUCAGCAUCGUUGCAUUUGUGCUGGUCAACGGGUAUAACAAUGAUAAUCGCCCGCAUCGCCAUCCUUAUCGAUUUGAGCGACCUCUCAGCUACACGCAACUGAAGCGACGUUUGGGUGUCCCUUUAGCUAUGGCCAAAGAACAGCCUCGAUCCAGACCCUCUCCAACCAUUUUGGACGACGAGGAUUUCCCGACGGAUUUUGCCGUCCUGCCCAAAUACAGUGCUUUGUCCAGUAGAAAAGACAAGGAACCCAGUUCAUUGCAUGGGGUUACAAAAGUGACCCGAAGGAAAUUCCGGAAGCAACAACGACCACACACUACCCGUGCUCAAAAGCAUCCGAAUCAUCAAGAAAAAAACGACUACUAUGAGUACUACUAUGAAGGUGAUGAACUGGAGGGCGAUGGGGUUGAGAGUGAAGAUGUCGUAGGCGGUGCUCGCGUCGAAGAGAGCUCCUCCCACCAAUAUGACCAAACGAGGAAAAGUCAAAAUACCUAUAAAGGAGACAUCAACAAUCGGCCGGCGAUUUCCGCUUCCCAGUUGCUCCCAAAGAAAGGAUCCCUCCUGAAAACGAGCCCUUCAGAAGUGCAUUAUGCCAGUAAACAGGGAGCACUCGUGGCCACCGAAAGAGCGGACGAUUAUUACUACGACGAUGAUUAUUAUUAUGAUGAUGUGGUAAAUGAUGACAAGAGUCGACAAGGCUAUGGUGGCGGAGGCUACGAGAGCUCUGGAUCGUCUGGCGGAAACUCGUUGAACCCGUUGGCCUUAUUGGUGGCACCCUUGGCCGGAAUCGCUUUGUUGUCGGCGGCGGCUGCCGUAGCGUUAAAUCCGGUCCUGGUUCAGAUCUCUUUGACCAAGCGGAAAAAGCGUUCCUUGGGUUUGAACGGCACCACAUUGGCUCCUGAGUUUGAGGAGAAGUUCGCAGAACUUGAGAUCCUCGAAGAUUACUUGGUUCAUGUGCCGGAAAGCACUUCGUAUCAGCAAAAGUUAUUGGCCUCUUACCUGACAUGUUCCGGCUACACUUUGGAGAACAACUUCUGCAUGGAUCGAGUUGUUUGCGAGUACGGUUCAGCCGCAUCGGGAUUGGCUCAGAAAGAACGAAGGGUCAUUGCCAUCAUUCUGUACAAUAUCAUGUCAAAUGAGGAGAUCGAUAUGGAUUACAAGGAGCGCUUGAAAACUGCCGCACAAAAGGGCCGCGAAGAAGACAAACCAUGCCAAAUCUCGUAUCCUUGUCUACAAUUGGACGUUCUCAACGGCGUUUCAGACAAAAUUAACUAAUCAAGUUAUGGAAUAAAUAUGGGUUCCGUGAACAAAUCGUUCAAUA